ACGCCAAAUAUAUUAUGGUGUAAUCCAUAUACUUCGGUUCGACAUUGUCAGUCCGUCAACAUGACUGAACUCAGCCUUCACACUGAUCUGGUGUCGCGGAUAAGUCACGGUCGGGAGCUAAACAGUAUUUUCUUCUAUUCACCUCUGGGAGAAAAAUGCCACCUGGAAGGCACGCUGUCAGUUGCAACCUCAGGACUUCCACUGGUGAUAUGGAAAUCGGAGAAGACUGUGAUCCUAAAUGGAUUCCUUGGUGAGGGAACCUUAGUGGUGGCCUGUCUGCCAGGACUUCGAUGGCGGAAUCUACUCAACAGUCUGUCUAGGAAUCUGAAUUAUCUUAGGCAGGUCAAAAUACUAAUUGAACUGAAAGGAAACAAAGAUGAUAUACUUGUUCGUCAGGUGCUUGAAUUUUGUCAGAGCCAAGACAUGAUCAAUGUCAAUGUUAUUUUUGAUGAUUUUGUCAUAACUAAAUACGUGUACUCCUUCGAUUCAUUCCCAAUGUUCAAAAUUGUGAGAAAUUCAUUCGGGUCGGACUCUCAAGUAUCUAGUCUUUAUCCCGACAAGAUGUCUGAUCUCCGUGGUGGUAAAAUUCGCACCAUGCCGGACUACUCCGAACCAAAUACAAUUCUCUACGAGGACAAACAGGGCAACAAACAGAUCAUGGGCUACUUAUGGGACAUAAUGGAGGCUUAUGCUCACAAACACAAUGCUCGGUUGCAUGUGGUAAAUAAGUAUGCGGAUGGAAGGACUUUAAACUUUAUAGAGCUCUUGGACGUGGGUCGAAGCGGAAUAAUCGAUGUGGCCGCCAGCAUUCAACCAAUGUCAAUGGGCGCACAGGAUCGCUACCAUGAGAUGUCAUAUCCAGUUGACGUGACCAGCUGGUGCACCAUGUUGCCAGUGGAGCGGGAUCUCGAUGUGUCCGAGUUGCUCUCCAGGAUGAUGCCGUACAGCACCUUCAUUUUUCUAGCAUUGAUUUGGAUUUGCUAUGAAGUGCUGCGUGGACGUUGGAGACGGCAUCAGAGGAUGCAAAAGAUUGGCUGGCUAGUUCUGGCCACGAUGCUCAGCUCCAACUACUUGGCAAGGCUUUUGACCUAUCUCGCUAAUCCUACCUCCGAACCUCAGAUCGAUAGUUUGGCUGCUCUGAUUGAAACCCCGGUGCGGAUUUUCUCCCUUCGCUCUGAGUACUCCGCCAUCGAGUUCACCAAGCGUACAAAGUACUCUGCAGCAUUUCGAUUAACCUACAAAGCAUCUGAUUUGAUAGCGAGGCGAAAUUCGUUGAACACGUCAUUUGGAUAUACGAUCACCAAUACCAAAUGGAAACUGUUUGAGGAGCAGCAGAAGCACAGCUCGAGACCACUUUUUAGGUACUCUAGGUCACAGGACCUGUGCUUCUACGAGGUGGUACCAUUUGGCUUUGUCAUCCAGGAAAACUCUCCUCAUCGCGCCACCAUACACCACUUUUCCCUGCAGUUGCGGGAAUCCGGACUGUUCGAUCUGUGGGUAUCUCGGGGCUUUUCCUAUAUGGUAAGGGCGGGAAAAAUGCACUUUGCAGACCUGAGGGAGCCUUACCGGGCCAACACCUUAAAUAUCACGGAUUUAAGAAAUGUAUUUGCUGUAUUGGGUAUUGGGGUUGGGGUCAGCGUAACUCUUUUCGCCUGUGAGCUAAUUGUCAACUGGAUAAAAUUGUGGCUGGAUAUACUAUAG